AUUACAUUUGUGAAGAGCUGACCUAUCAUUCAUUCAUUCAUUUUUAAAGAAAUGUUGCCGAAAAUAAUUCUUUUACUGGGUUUACUGUGCAUGGUGACCUGCAAUGACACACCUGGAUUUUUCUUGAAAGUAUCGAAAAAUAUUCCACGAAUUGGUCGACGUUCAAGUGAUUUCGAUAAUUUCUUCUUAAAAUCGUCAAAGAAUGUCCCGAGAAUAGGACGACGCGAUCAGUUUGUGGAAGACUCACAUUCACCCGAAGUACGAGCUCAACAAUGGUACGAUCAAAUAAUGACAUCAUCGAAACGAGCAGCCGGAUACAAUAACGUUCAGCCAUUUGACUCGAAAUUUCUACUGGACAUUUUCGCUCGAGAGCACAUUGAUCCGGAGGACUUUAGGUUUGUGUCGUGGCAAGAUUUUGAUAUUGCCUUGGAAAGUGACGAACAGCUGUUCAAGAAACUAAUCGAAUUGGCAAAGACAAACCAGGAAGUGGCGGCUAUGACACAUAAUGUUAAUAUUGAUAAAUUCGUGCCCAUGAAUGGUGGUACUAGCUUAUUUUAUAGAACUGAAAGGUCGGACACAAAUGCUAAUGGCAAUAAGGAAUUUAAUAAGGAAAGAAUUGAGUAUCAAUCCUAAUUCAGUUUGAUACUUAUAAUGGCCAACUAAUUUAUUGUGACUUUAAAUUUAUUAAUUAUUAUUAAACCAGCAAAAAGGAAAAUCUCUGAAAAUGUGUGCAUUUUUUCGAAGUUAAAGAUAUACGUA